AUGGGAGACCAAAAUGAGGACAAAGUUGUGGACAAUAAAUGCAUUUUCUGUAACAUAUCUAACAAAAUGACAGCAAAUACUCAACUCUUAUAUGAAGAUGACAAUUAUGUGAUCAUCCGAGACAUCCGACCAGUUGUCGAUCACCACUACCUCCUCAUCACUAAAAGCCAUAUAAAAAAUGUCAAACAAAUGAAGACAAGAGAAGGCAUUGAAAUGAUUAAGGAUAUGAAGCGAAUUGGUCUCCAAUUCAUGUCCGACCAGACACUGACCGAUGAGUUGCAGUUGAGGCAAGUGUUCACUUGA